AUGGAGGAUCUACCAGAGCCACUGCUUGGAGAGAUCGUCAAGAGGGUUACCAAGACAAGUGAUCUGAAUUCUCUUUCCCUCGUGUCGAAGCAGCUCUGCACCGUUGAGGCAGAGCAUAGGGAUGCUAUCCGUGUUGGCUGUGGACUCAACCCUUCUACAAAAGCCUUGGUAUCGUUGUUCUCCCGGUUCCCCAAUUUGGCGAAAGUAGAGAUAAACUAUUCUGGAUGGUGGCCCAGUAACGGGAACCAGUUGAACAACCAAGGCCUCUGUGUUCUGUCAUCUCACUGCCCCUCACUGUCCGAUCUUUCUUUAAGCUUCUGCUCUUACAUUGGUGACUCUGGUCUUGGUUAUCUAGCUGAUUGCAAAAAAUUGAGGUCGCUCAGGCUGAACUGUGCACCAGCAGUAACUUCUACUGGCAUUUUUCACGUGGCGGUUGGUUGCAGGCAUCUUUCUGUUCUUCACCUUGUUGACUGUACGACAGUAGACAGCAGGGAUUGGCUGGAGUACCUUGGGAGAUAUGGAUCAUUGGGAGAACUUGUUGUAAAGGAUUGCAGUGGAAUCAGCCAGUAUGACCUCUUAAAGUUUGGCCCAGGCUGGGAGAAUCUCCAAAAAUUUGAGUUUGAGAUUAAUGGAAACUACUGGAUGUCAGGGGCCUCUGAUCCCUCCUACGUGUCUGGCUACCCAUAUAGGUAUGACAUCUGCUAUGAUAGCUUGAAGGAUCUUAGGUUAGCUCAUAUUAUAACCGAGCCAGAAACUGGACUUCGUUUUCUCCUGGGGAAGUGCAAAGCAUUGGAGACGCUUUAUCUAGAGUAUGUGAUUGGUCUAAAAGAGAAUGAGAUGAUUGCGCUAUUCCAGAGGUGCAGCAACCUUAAAACCAUCUCACUUCGGUUCAUGCCUCUGCGGUGUGAAGAUUAUUGGUUUAGGACGCCAUUGACUGAUGUUAGCCUUAAGGCUCUAGCUCUCAGCUGCCCUAUGCUUGAGGUUGUAGAGCUCACAUUCACACUUUGCGAACCCAUGUAUCCAACAGAAAUAGGUUUCACGCAAGAGGGUAUUGUGUCGCUCGUCCAAUCUUGUCCAGUUCGCACUCUUUUGCUAAAUGGUGCCAGCAUUUUGUAUGACGAGGGGUUGAAGUGCCUCUCAUCCUCACAGUUCCUGGAGAAUCUUGAGCUCGUGGAUUGCAGGUCUAUAACCGAUGCUGGUAUGAACUUCAUUACACUGGCUCCUUGCUUGAGCAAUCUCACCCUCCGCAAAUGCAAGAAAGUGACAGAUAAUGGAAUGGCUGAGCUGGCACGUUCACAGAAGUUGGAGUCACUAACCGUUAUAGGCUGCUGUCAGAUCUCUCAGGAGGGUGUGCAAGGGGCUGCCAAAUCAGUUCACUACUCUGCAGAGACUGAAAGCCACGACAGUCUAAAAGGAAUGAACAUGGACAGGGACAUGAACAGGAAAAGACGCCGGUCGCCCUGA